AAAUAGAUGCCACCAACAGAUUUGCUGCACAGUUCACACUAGGACGUCAAGCACGCCAACGGGGGUGGAGUACAGACAGUCUUGGGUCAGACGACUUUAAGAGAAAACCGCUACAUAGACGGCCCUAGUUGUUAACUAACAUCCAAUUCGUUAUUUAUACCGUUUAUUUUAAGGAAACCAACGGUCGUCUGACAUAGGCGGUCAGUUCACCAGACAUUGCUAUGGCCCAGGAGACCAAUCAGAGCCCAGCUCCUAUGCUCUGUGCUACCGGCUGUGGUUUCUAUGGCAACCCCAGGACUAAUGGCAUGUGCUCCGUUUGCCACAAGGAGCACCUCUCAAGACAGAACAAUGGAGGAAUCAGUUCCCUGAGUGCUGUGGCGCUCUCCCAAAUGUUCGUUGGUGAAAACCAUCAGAGAGACCAAAAGCUCGACUCUCUUUUAGGCAGCAGCAGUGGCUCCACAGUCGAGGCUUCAGCAAUCCAAAGGUUAGAGGCCACCUUGAAUAAUGCUGCAGCAGCUGCCGUGGCUGCAGCAGAGGUUGCAGCUGAGGCGGCAGCUUCAGCCGAGGCUGCUGCAACUGAAACUUUCAGUGGGAUGUCAACAACUAUUUCUGUAACACAAAAGAUGGCUGAGAUAAGUCUGUCGUCAGAGGACCAAGGAGCAUCGGGGAGCAAAGCAGAACUCACGGAUCCUGUGACGAGUCAGACCACAGUCACAGCCAUUCAUCCCUCCACUGCUGGCAGUGAAGAAUCCCGAGCCCCGGAGCCUCCCAAACCCAAAAAGAACCGUUGUUAUAUGUGCCGCAAAAAGGUUGGCCUGACAGGUUUUGAGUGCCGCUGUGGGAACCUGUUCUGUGGCUUUCACCGUUACUCAGACCAGCACAACUGUCCGUACGACUACAAAGCCGAAGCUGCGGCCAAGAUUCGCAAAGAGAACCCGGUGGUUGUCGCCGACAAGAUCCAGAGAAUAUGAGAACUUUGAUUUCUUGGAUCAGUGGGCUUUACUUAUACAAAAUGGACCCAAAUUGAGCCCAACCUUCUCUGAUGGACCCCGGUGUUCACAAUCAAUAUCAUGGUUUUCUUUCCACACGUUCAUAUUUCCAGCUACUGUUCUUUGUGUGAUUUUUUUUUUUUUUUUUUUUUUUUUAAGAAGGUGUUAGAUAACAGUUAAGAGGGAUAAUGGGGUCCAUAUUAUGGUAUCCAUCCAUCAAUUUUCUAAUACUGCUGAUCCUGUGUUGCCCUUGAUUGGAAAAAAAAAAGUGAUUUUAUACAAAUCAGUUGAAGGUUGCCUAUUGAUCCCUAUGAUCCUCCAUAGGGAUAACUUAGGUCAGAUUCUUGGGCUGGACUGGAGACUGUUACUGCUGUUUGCUCGUGAUGCCAUCCCAGCCAUGCUUGCUCUCUGCUGGCAUGAGUAGCAAAGUGGAUAUUGGACUUUUCUUUUUUUCUUCUUAAGUUUGUCCCCUUGUUCAGAAUUUAACUCUUCUGAGCUCGUCAGAUAACAGCGUCCUCUGUUUGCAAGUCUGUGCCACUGGAUCUAUCCACCCCCACCCAUGUUGCUAACAAAAUGUUAUACAACUGUUGGAGCGUUCCCGUGUGAAUUUUUGAAGUAGAUCGGAAUGUUGGCACAGCAACCUCAUUUUCUUUUGGUCCUUAAUUAACAUGACCGUUUCUUGUAUUCUCAUUUCCCCCCACUGUUUUUUCACCAAUGUGUGUGCGCGUGUGUUGUCAUAUGACAAGUAGCCUAAACUUGAAUAAUUUGUUUUGCCUUUGACAUGGUUUGGUCUCACUAAUAUUUUCCUUUUUGACUUCACUUUUGAAUGCUUUCUGCUGUUUUAAUGUGAGUUGAUGUUCACAAUGUUGGAAGUGGUCAAUUGCUGUUUCGAUAUGUGUAUCCAAACACAUUUGUCGUGGGAAAAGUUUUGAAUGGUUGUUGACUGAGUAUAUGAGAUAAGUAGUGUUUGCUUUUCAUGGAUUAUUUUUGUCGGGAGAUGGUCUAGCUGCUUAUUCCCAUGGUUUUUUCUUACCCUUUUAGUUAUGCAAGUUUGUACAAACAUCUUUAUUUAUAUACUGCCGUAUGCAUAAUCUUAAUAAUACAGAGUAAGUUGUAUGAUGUAAAUAAAAUGUGUUCACAAACAUUA